AACAAAUGCAAAGCUGCAAUGAGUUCUAAAAAUGCCAGUUUUUCCCAGAGUAUCCUCAUUGUUCAUCCUGAGUACUUUUUCAUCAUUGGACUUUCAGGUAUACCGUACAGCACUUAUUACUAUAUUUUCUUAUUUAUCACAUAUUUCUUUACUAUAAUUGGGAACUCUAUAGUCCUUCUCAUUAUAGCUCUUGACCGAAGCCUGCACAGUCCAAAGUACAUUGGUGUGUUUAACUUGGCUUUGGCUGAUAUUGGUGAAAUUAAUGCACUGAUUCCUAACAUGAUGAGGACUUUUCUGUUUAACUCACAGUACAUUUCCUUCAAUGCUUGUUUGGCCAACAUGUUUUUCGUGUUCCUCUUCAGUUCUAUGCAAAGUUUCACUCUUGUUGUUUUGUCAUAUGACCGCUUCAUUGCAAUUUGCCUGCCAUUAAGAUAUCAUGCUCUUGUGAACAAUACCAGUAUGGCUUUAAUUUUCACAGCAGUAUAUGUAUUUAAUUGCGCUGUGGUGUCCAUGAUGGUGUCUUUUAUCACCCGACUUUCAUUCUGUGAAUCUAAUAUGAUACCAAGUUAUUUUUGUGAUCAUGGACCAAUUUAUAGGUUGGCAUGUAAUGACAAUAGCCUUAACAAGUUUAUGGCAUUUCUCAUUGCAUCUUUAUACUUUGUAGUACCAUUGAUCAUUAUAGUCCUGUCAUAUGUGGGCAUUUUUCUUGCUUUAACCAAAAUUACAUCUUGGGAAGGGCGUUUAAAAGCCCUAAAGACCUGUGUUUCACACCUUUUGUUAGUAGGAACAUUUUUUCUUCCCAUAUUCUGUGUAUACUUUUCGCAACUCUUGCUGUCUCUCUCACCCAAUGCAAGGGUCAUCUGCACAUCUCUGGCAUAUGCUGUUCCACCAAUGCUAAAUCCCAUCAUUUAUGUCUUAAACACAGCUGAAAUCAAAGAUAUAAUUCAAAAAGUGUUUAGAAACAGAUCUGUUGAAAGUAUUUCAAAAUGA